AUGCAUUCGAGAAGGCCCUUCGAGCGUCAGCGCGACGGCGGGAAUAGCGGCGAUAAUGGCGGCGCUUAUGGCGUCUCUACGAAUGUCGUCAUGAGCUGUAACUGCAGCCCCGCGAUCACCCUCGACUUCCCCGCCUCCCCUUCCGCCUUUCCCUCCGCCUCCCCUUCCGCCUUUGCUUCCGUCUCCGCUGCGUGGUCGCACGUGUCCCAGAUUCCUCCUCUUGACUCGACUCUAUGGCCGUCCGAUGCCGCGCGGUUCGACACAAACGGCGGAGAAUCAUUCCCCGCGUUUCACUGCGGAUAUCCCGCUCAAGGAGGAGCUGUUAAAGGUACCGCGGCAGCCGACGUGGCGCUCGGGGAUUGGUUGAAAAAGGCAGCGGCAUCAGCGGCGGGUGAAACGGCACCAAUGGCGGUGGGGCGGAAGCAGCGGCAGCAGCUGCUGCAGCAAUGGUUCCACGAUGCUCCUCCUGGCCUCCUCCCCCCCGCCUUCCCUGAAUUCAACCGAGUCAACCGACACAGCCAAGUCAACCGAUCCAGCCAAGUCAACACCGAAUUCAACGCAGUCGGUGCUUUCAAUGCGUUCAACGCAUCAAGAAGAGUCAACACGGACAACAUGGACAACACAAUACACGCUGUCAACGAAAUCAAUGCGGUCAAACCAGUCAGUGUGGCCACUGGCAGUGACUGCUCUGUAUCCGAACCUGCUGACGCCAGCCUCAGAUUCCGAGCCUCGGAGUCAGCUCUGGAAGUGGAAUCCGAGCCUGCAGCCUCGGUUGAGCCUCUGGAAGUCAAUGCAUGUGGACUCGCAAUUCCAGCACCAGAGGAGAGGGAGGUGCAAGUGGGGGAGGUGGAGAUGGGGGUGGUGUUGGGGCGACCAGUGGAGGACAUUCGGCAGCAGUGGCUUCUGCUCAAGAAGGAGAUAGGCAGGGGGCAGUACGGUGUGAUACGGCGAUGCGUGCACCGCAGCACCGGGGAGGUCGCUGCCUGCAAGAGCAUCCGGAAAUCCGCAUUCCAGAGCGCUGCUGACGUGGAGGCAGUGCGGAAUGAGGUGGCAUUCAUGGAGGAACUCAAGGGUCAUGCCAGCAUCAUUCGGAUCAAGCAGGCCGUGGAGACGCACAGGCACGUGCACGUGGUGAUGGAGCUCUGUGAGGGGGGAGACCUGUUUGACCGCAUUGACUCGCACGGAAGGCUCUCGGAACCUUCUGCAGCGCGCAUCUUCCGAUCGCUCAUGCUGGCCUUGCAGCACUGCCACUCGCACGGCAUCGUGCACCGCGACGUCAAACCUGAAAACAUCCUACUAUCGAAUCCUGCUAAUAACGAGGAUAUCAAAGGAGCUGCUAUUGAAGGAGCUGAUAUCAAAAUAAAGCUGAUUGAUUUUGGUUUGGCCGUGAGGUUCACUCCGGGUGUGGCUCUAUCCGGGGAGGUGGGCACAGCAAACUACAUGGCUCCAGAGGUGUUUUCCGCGUCGUACGGUGCUGAGUGCGAUAAGGUAUUGGAGGCCAAGUGGGGUGGGUUCAGCCGCAGCCGGAGGUGGCUGGAGCUGUCGUCACCAGCCAAACAUCUCAUCAUUCGCAUGCUCUCUGCUGAUCCCACCACCCGAAUCACUGUCAAUGAGAUUCUUGAGCACGAAUGGGUCACCGCCUGCACAAGAGUCUACUGA